AUGUCUCUCACUGCCUCUCAAAAAAAGAACAGAAAGGAGCGAAAACGCCGGGCCCGCCGCGCAGCCGAAGCUGCGGCGAAGGCACCCCCUCCUUCCCCAGAGGAGGUGAAGAAACUUUGGGAAAAUGCCCACAAAGCUUACGAGAAAGCCAGCCAGCGCCAGUGUGCCGAUCCCGGUAGUGGUGAAGCCACUGCUCCUGCUGGUGGUGACCUUGGUGGCCCUGAUCGUGGCGGCGGUCAGGGUGCUGUCCAGGGUGCCACCGAACAGGCAGUGGCUGAGCCACUACCGGGCAGCCCCGUCGCUCCCGAAGCCCCCUCUCAUGGGUCGAGUGACACCGGCCCCUGA